GAAAACAUCGACCAGACGGGGGAAUUGUCACAAUGUCAGACAACAACCAGGACGUUCAGCCCAUGGAUGUGGACACCCCGGAUCCCCAACCUCAGGUUGAGGCUUCGCCAAAGCACCAACAUGAGGUCGCUCUAACACUCUCGUUAAAGUGGCUCGAAUCCAAGAAACCCAAGAAACCAAGGGUGCUACUGCUCAAAUCUCUUCAAAGAUGGUUCAACAAUAAGAAAAUUUUGGUUAACUGCUCAGUUGGAGAGCCCCAGGCAGACGGGAAUGUUGUGAUAAAGAUUAAACCUCCUCCAGCUGUGAAUGAGCUUCUGAAAUUGAAAGGGGAAACACUGAUGGAGAAAGAUGGCACAAAAAUAGUCACCAUACUGUCCAUCAGCCUGGGAUCAUCAAAGAUGGAUACACCAACGGCAGAUGAUGCUUCAGUGAAUACUCCUCCUGCAGCUGCUUCCAUAAACAACAAACCUUCAGUGUCUUAUUUGCCAGUGGACAAGAUGCAGCUUGAAGGACAGAAGGAGCCACUUACUGCAGAAGGAAACCCUCCUCAAUACGAUAAAAACAGAUCUGAGGAUUGUGUUGUGCCACUGGGUCUUUACUGGUAUAUCAGCCAGAUCUACAAAAAUGAAAUCACACGCAUAGAGAAAGAAACUAAAGUCACCAUAACACCAAGUGUUACUGUGAGAUUUGAUGCUAAAGGGGAAGAUGGGAAACCAGAUGAAGCUCUAAGCAGGUUUACAGAUCUUGUCCAAAGGUACUUGCCUGAUUCCCGUAGCUCAGUCAUUCCUCUGAAGUUUGUAGAUCCUGAUCAGUGGAGUGAUGCGCUGAAAGUUAUUAAGGACAGCAACAAGGUUUUAGUCACCAUGUCCUCUGAGGAAAUGACCGUCUGUGGGCCAGAUUAUUGUCAAAAAUCUCUCAGUUCCGCCUUAACUGCAAUGCAGAAAUCCAGCACCUCUUUUGGAGAGUCUGAACGGCCAUCUUGGUCCCAAAAGUUCAAUGUUGAUCCGAAUCUGAAGAUCAGGAUGACAAUCAAAGAUGAUCUUGGUGAUGCAGGACUCACCAUGGAGGAGAACCACUGGAAGACCUUGAAUACUUCUAAUAAACACUCUCUUGCAAAUAUCAAAUCUAAGUUCAAUGUGGACUUUAAAGAAUUCAACAUCAGUGAGGGCAAAGUUAAUGUCAAAGCUUCCUACAAAGGACCAGGAGGAAACGCAGCCAUGGAGAGCCAUGCUGUCCAAGCUCCACUGCGUCUGUACCAGAAGAUUAUGACCUCAUCCCGGCACCAGCCUCCACCUUAUGGUGCCUCUGGGCUCAGUGGUUCUGAAGAGACCGCCAGAGGACCUGGGUUUAACGGCCAUUCAACGCAAAACAGUGAAGAAUCAGCAGGAGGGGGUGCAACAGGGGACAACAGAGAUUACAAAUGUUCCAUAUGUUCGUCCCACUUUACCGAUAAGAAACAGCUAAAGUGUAAUAUCUGUCCUAUAUGCAAGGAUAUUUUUGGUAAAGUGCAAGGAACCCAACCUGAUGGGACAAUGACGUGGAAUAGAAGUCCUACCUCCCUCCCUGGAUUUCCAGACUGUGGCCAUAUAUCUAUCACCUACAAUAUUCCAAGUGGAACACAGAAGAGAAAUCAUCCCAAUCCUGGACAAUACUAUACAGGAACCACCAGAUCUGCAUAUCUUCCAGACAACAUAGAGGGCAAUGAAGUGCUGCGACUGCUAAAAAAAGCUUUUGACCAAAGGCUGAUCUUCACCGUCGGAACUUCAAGGACAACUGGGGUGGAGAACACAGUGACCUGGAAUGACAUCCACCACAAGACAUCCAUGACAGGAGGACCAGAGAGGUUUGGAUAUCCUGACAAGAACUACCUGAGCCGAGUUAAAGAGGAGCUGAAAGCCAAAGGCAUCGAGUGAAUUUAAAGCUUAUAUUUUAUAUUUGAACAGUUAAUAGAAAUUCUCUAUUCUCUGAUGUAUGUAAAAAUAAUGUGUCCAAAAAGUAUGUUUCUGAAAAAAACAACAAAACAAAAAAAACACUAAUCUGAAAUUUGUUUAUCAUAUUUGCAAUUUUUUUUUAUAUUUCUGUCAACAAAAACAUUUUCACAAAUAUGGUAUUAUGAUAAAAAUAAAAUUGGUCUACAACGCCCCUUAUACUAUGUCGUACCUCUCUUUAGUAAAAAGUAACAUUUGAUAAAAUCAUUUAGGUUACAUCACUAAGGUCUGACAUCACAUAAACACUAAAAAUACACAACUUAAUUUGUUAUAAAUGGUCCUUUUGGUGGAAUUGUCUUUCCAUGCACAGUAUGAUUCACAGAUGUAAUUUGGAUAUAAAUGUAAUCCAAUGCUAUGUAAAAUAAUCACAUUUACUCAUACAUAUUUUCUCUGAUAAAUAAACUACUC